GUGAGGCCCCGCCGGUGUGGAGCCCGCGGUCGCUACCCCUGUCCGUGCCCGCUCUCUCACACAGGAGCUCACGUGGCCCGGGCCGGGCGGUAACGCUGCCUCAGCCGGAUGAGGGGCGUCUGUGCGGACCCCGAAAGUUGAGUGAAACUUGGUGAGACGGCUGCGGUUCGCUCGGGGUGAAAAAUAUCCAGAUAGAUUAAGUUUCUCACAAAGAAAUAAUCCUUGGGGAUACAUAUGGUUUUCUUCUAGAGGAAUAUACAUAAAGAUAAAUCAAGAUGCUUCUGGGUGAGCAAGAACAACUCUUGUCCUACAAUGGUGAAGUCCUUGUAUUUCAGCUGACAAAACCAAAACAUGUGGAGGGAGCAGCUGAUAAAACAAUGAAUUUAUGUGUCAGAAGAAUGGUGUUCAACAGAGACACUAAGGUAUUUGUUCAGAAGUCUUCUGGAGCAUUCAGCAUGCAUGCUAGUCACUCAAAAAUUGAAAUGAUUUGUUGUAGCUGCACAACAGAUUCCAGAACAGGAAUUAUUCUUCCCUGCAUUUUGAUGAAAAAGAAAAAACGGAAUAAUGUCAAAUACAUUUUACUGUUGCUUCACAGUUCAAAUCAAUUUGAGCAGUCCUUUCAUUUCAAAUUGGAUUAUGAGCUGAAAGAAGACAUCAGGUUGUUUGCUGGCCCGUCAGUGCUGUGGAGACACACCAAUAAGCUGUUCUACAUCUCUUCCAACACCUGCACGGUUCAAAGUGCUCCUUUUCAGCUUUCUUCAGUUGUGUGGACAGGUGAAAUUGUAGGUGAAGGCGCUGUUGUCUUAGGGGUAAGAACUGCUUGCCUGCCUGAGAGUGAAGAUGCAGAUGAGUUUUCCAUUUCAGACAGAGCCAUCUGGGGUAGCGAGUUCUUUGGAUACGCAAUUCAAACACAGAAAAUGCUGACUGCCACGUGCUUCAUGCCCCACGCUUACAGCAGAGUGGUAUCUUCUGUCUACGUCUGCAAGAGUGAGAGAUUGAAAAAGCAGCUCCGAAUAUCACUUGUUGCCAUAACCCACAAGAACCAGCUUAUUUGGUUCCAAAAUGGUCUCCCUAAAGGUGUUUGUGAGCUUCCUUUCGAGAAACCAAGUUCAGUAAAAACAGCUGUAACCAGUAGCAAUGAUUUGCUAUUUAUUGUGUCUUUUGCCUCUGGGGAUAGCUGUGUUGUACAGAGGAGAGACAGCUUACAGGUGGCUUCCAAAUGCCAAAAAGUGAAGUGUGUUCUGGUGGAUGAUUUUAUUGGCUCUGGAAGUGAGCAACUGUUACUCCUUUUUAAGGAUGACUCCAAUACAGACGUGUUAAAUACAUUCAAAAUAACAGACCUUGGAGCGGUUGACUUUGCAAGUGGUAUUAAUUAUAAACAUGAUGUUGCUGCCACAGAAGGAUUGCAAGAGAAUGGUUUGCUUACCAUCCAAGCCCUUGAAACAAGAUUGCAGGCAGGUUUCACCUCUGUUCGAGAGCUACAGCAGCAUUUAGAACUCCAAAAGAGGGUUAUUCUUGAAUCUUGCAGAGCACUGAUAGAUCUUGUUGAAGAAAGAACCCAUAUUCUACCGAAGGCAGAAGAGGAAGGUCUUGUCUCUCUCUGGGAUGAUGUAGAAAAUCCUCCUCAUUCUCUUAGUGAAGAGACAUCAUUGGCAUCUAAAAUCCCAGAGCACUUCACAGAGAAAUUGUGGCAGCGUGUUGUGGGUGACAGCUUGGUAGUUGGAGUAAAACUAACUGAAUCCUUUCACUGGUCACUGAAUGAUGUCAGCUUAUCUUUAGUGAUGGAUCAAGACUUCUCUUCAAUUUCUCCAGUUAUCAAGUGUCAAAGUAAAAUCAUUAAGCUGAACAAGGCAUUCUCAGCAUUGGCUGUUUCCUCAUGUCAAAUUCAGCCGCCUCCGAAAAAGAUUAAAUUGGACUUGCAUAGCAAGGAUGAUCUGAAAAAAGAGUUUCCUAAGAGACCUUCAGGGGUUCAUCUGGAUGGAGCAAAGACAGUCAUUGCUGUUACCAACCUUUCACCUUUAUUGGCGUUUCAUCGUGUCUGCUGUGCAGUUCUUCUACAUGCGAAGAGGCGAAAACAUGGGAAUGAUGGUUUACAGGAGAGCAAACAGAUUACUGUGCUCUGUGGGAAAAUUUUGUUAAGUAUGGAAGAUAUUUCAAAUGGAAGAUUUUCAGUAAAGAUGUUCAGGGAUAAUAGUUACUGUACAGGUGCCAUGGAAGAUAUACUUGCUGUCCUUGCAACAGCUGUCAGAUUCUCCUUUCAGAUUAUGUCUUCUGACUGCACAUUGACUCCAGUAAAUUCGUGGUUACUGGGAGAAAUGGAAUGCACACCUUUUAAGGAAUGUCAUGGCAACAUAUUCUGUCAUAAAGCAGGAAAUGUGUAUGGUACAGUUUUUAACUGGAGCCUGAAAAAUCCAUUUGAAGGGGUUCUAACAAUAUUUUGCAGAAAUCUGACCAUCGUGUUCCAGUGCCUUCAUAGCCUUACUAGAGUUCUCCCACCAAGCUGCCGUGUAAAACUCCUGAGAUCUGGAAGAAAAAGUGUACUUACUGAACAGUUAGCACUGGCUUUGGAAAAAGAAAUGCUCACCUCGAAGAGUUCUUUCUUCUCAAAAGAAAGUAAGGCUGAAAACAGUCUGACAUGGGGGAAUGAGGCUGGCAAGAAAAUCAAUAAUGCUCCUCUGGCUUCUUUACUGGACACUGAGGAAGGAGUUCAGCAGUUCAGGAAGAAGCUUCAGAAUGAGCGGGAAGAGUGUGUGCUAAGUAUGAAUCAAACUAUGAAUGGUGCCCUCUACCAGAAAAUUGCUUUGAAAAUAGCAGAAGCUCAGCUCAGUUCAGAUAUGAUUGUGUGGAGACUGAGCAAGUCCUAGAAAUGAUUGACUAAAUUUAUUUUUUAAAUUUUUUAUUAAAAUUAUACUACUAAAUAAUAUUUAUAUUUUCAUGGGUACUUAUAUUGCAUUGUAUUCUAAAGCUCUGUUAUUUCUACAGAUAAAUACUGGUAUUUUGAUUGAUGAUUUGUAGCUGCUUUGCCAAGAACUUAAUAUUAAAGAUUGAUGAGUCAUUUUGUUACAGAUUUUGAAAAUAUAUUUUAAGGUAUUUUUUAAUAAGUCCUACUCUAAAAUCAUAAUUCUUGAACUAUAAAUGAACUAUUUUAUAUAAAAAAAAUAAUAAGCAUGUGCUCUUUAAAACAGUUCUAUUAAACCUGAUAGAUGACUGUUUACACAGGUAAAAUUUAAGCAUUUUUAAGAAAUCUUAAGACAAAUAUAGAAAAGAUCUAAGCUAUGCAACCAAUUUUAAUUCAUAGUUUGAGUGUGGAGUUUGACAUUCUAAUUCAAAGAAGAGGCAGUUUAUCUUCAUGAUAUAUCAAACCUUUUAAAUAAUUUCUAGUGAUACCACCUGAGGAAGAAGACUCUGAUUGUACCUUUCAGCCCUAUCUGAUCUUAGAUCUGAGAGAUUAUGGAGUAUUUAUUGGAGCUGGAGAACCAGAUUAGGCCUCUUACCAGAUUUCAAGAACUCAUGAAGAUUCACUUUAUAAUAAAACUGCUUCAGGUUUGG